UAUCAAUAUGGCUUCUGUCAGUCAGACAAAGGCGAAUCCGUUUUUGCCUUGAAAUGAAAUCAAAUUAGGAAAAGGUAGCGUGGGAAUCGGACACCGUCCUGUUUUACUGGUUCAUGUGUGGUGACGGGGAUUAAAGGCAACUGCUGCGGGACUCAAACGCUGUCACUGGAGUUGAAUAAAUGCUGCGGUGCACGGAGGCCCCGCACGCGCAGAAUAAGAAUGUCCCAUUAUACAGAUGAGCCUCGUUUUACCAUCGAGCAAAUCGACUUGCUGCAGCGGCUACGUAAAAGUGGGAUGACAAAGCAAGAGAUCUUGCAUGCCCUGGACACCCUUGAACGGCUGGACCGCGAGCACGUCGAGAAGUUCGGACACCGACACGUCCACAGCGGAAAUGGGGGCGGGGCCACCACCGUAGGCAACGGCAACAAUGCAACCAUCUCUUCCAACUCCUGCACUACCUCCUCAAAUAACCUAUCAGCCUCUUCUUCGAAGACCUCUACGGCCACACAGACGGGUUUCCGUGGCAACGGCCUCUCCCCGUCCCCUAGCAACAGCUAUGACACCUCCCCUCCUCCGACAGUCCCCGCUCCUUUGCCUGUUGUAGCUGCAAUGGUGCAAAAUGAGCGGGACGGCCUCGCUGCUGUACCCAAUGGGAAGCUCUCUCCACCCCGUUACGCAGUUAGCAACGCCUCCGCGCGGGCUUUCGGGUUCGAGCCCCCUGACGAGGAGGUGGACAUCGAUGACAAAGUCGAGGAGCUUAUGAGAAUGGACAGUGCUAUAAUUAAAGAAGAGAUUAAAGCUUUCUUGGGGAACCGGCGGAUAUCACAAGCAGUAGUUGCCCAAGUUACAGGUAUCAGUCAGAGCCGGAUCUCUCAUUGGCUGCUUCAGCAGGGCUCAGAUCUCAGCGAGCAGAAGAAAAGAGCCUUCUACCGCUGGUACCAACUGGAGAAAACUACACCUGGUGCAACACUAGCGAUGCGGCCCACACCGAUGCCCUUGGAGGACAUUGUAGAGUGGCGACAGACUCCCCCUCCCAUUAGCAGCACCCCAGGCAGCUUUCGUCUGCGGCGUGGUAGCCGCUUCACCUGGAGAAAAGAAUGUCUGGCGGUGAUGGAGAGUUAUUUCAAUGACAACCAGUAUCCUGAUGAAGCCAAACGUGAGGAAAUUGCCAAUGCCUGCAAUGCAGUUAUACAAAAACCAGGGAAGAAGCUGUCAGAUCUUGAGAGGGUCACAUCUCUGAAAGUUUACAACUGGUUUGCCAACAGACGGAAGGAAAUUAAGAGAAGAGCCAACAUAGAAGCAGCAAUCCUGGAGAGUCAUGGGAUUGAUGUCCAAAGCCCGGGAGGUCAUUCCAACAGUGAUGAGAUUGACGGCAAUGACUACAGUGACCAAGUACCUGCUGACCAAGUGAUGGGAAUGAGAGCAGUGGCCAGAACGUUUAGUUUCUGCAGAGGUGACCUGUCAUCCCCCAUUCAGGACGACACCACAGGCCCAAGUGAACACCAGGACCCCAUUGCUCUGGCUGUAGAGAUGGCCGCUGUCAAUCACAGCAUCCUGGCACUAGCACGGCAGGGCGGAGCCACCAGUGACAUCAAAACAGAGGUGCUGGAUGACGAAUGAGAAUCUUCUCUUAAUGUCUGUCCACCACGGUGGAGCGUGGAGGAAAUCCAAAUGAGAAAUGUGGGGUUACGAAAAUAAAGCCAAACAGCUUGUGAACUGAGAUUACAGAGGAAUAUGGCCAGGUCACAUGACCAAAGUGAACACAGAGGUUGUAAAGACUGUUACCCCAACAUUCCCCCUUUCCUCCUCCCUCCUAUGUAACGCCUCAAUAGUCUUUUCAUCAAGGAACAGUUCACCCAGAAAAGAAAAUUCUGUAAUCAUUUACUCACCCUCAUGUUGUUCCAAACCCAUAUGAUUUUAUUUCUUCUGUGGAGCACAAAAGGAGAUAAAGAAAAUACAGAAAGAGGAAGAGAUAAAGUUAUAGGGGUUUGGAACAACAUGAGGUAUACGAUGACAAAAUUGUAAUUUCUGGGUGGACUAUCCCUUUAACAGUUCUCACACAGAGUUUUAGGGAGAAGCUGCAUUUAAACUGUUGAUGAAACAUGUUCACUAAAAACUCUGUGCAUACAACAAACAGUAUCACUCUGCCAGUUCACACUUGGAUAACAAACCUUGCCUCAGUUUUACCUUCUUUCAGGAAGUCUUCUUUGCAGGAUAUAAGAGGUCAGGUUCAUGCUAAAUGUCCACUGCCUCUUUCUCUCCAGGGAAAGUGUGUUGGGAAGCAGAUUCUCUCUCACUUAACUUAUUUCUUUGUUAAAUACAGUAGGUGCAGUCCAACAUUGCAGAAAUUUGCGUUUGAACUUGUACUGUGUCACCAGGGUCCAAAGUUAACACUCGGCAAGCACCAAAUGUGUAAAAAAAUUGGCAUGGUGAGUGAAUCAAACGCAGUUACUGGCCAGUUGGUAACUUUAUUAGAAACUGCUAAAUAAUACAUGGCUUAAGAACGAUAGCCCGUCCCUCGCCUUAUGAAAGCGAUGUAAGUGAUUCCAGUCAAACCAAUACAAACGGUAAAACAUUGACGCAAUUUGCACAUCUUCUAACAACUGUUUCCUAAGUGGAAAGUUUACUGUCAGAUUUUCAUCUAGGAUGCCUAGUUAAAAGGUAUUAGAAAAGUUAAAAAGAAAAAAAAGUUAAAAUAAAAGUCAUUUUCCUCCUAAACUCCAUGUGAAGUAUUUCUUGCAUUAUGCCACUAAAAUGAAAAUUUGAGGAUCAAAAUCUCAGUGUCUCUCAGGCCCCAUUUACACCUUGCAUUAUCAUGUUUCAUAUCUGGAUAGUAUCCGGAUAUUCUUUAGCUGGAUUACAUUUACACAUUGCCGUCAAAUGUGUCUCCACUGUAAUCGUAUAUAUAUCUGAUCAAAGUUACCUGUGCAAAAUGGAAAACACUAUUUACAUAUUACAGAGACAGUGGGAACAUUCUCCGUAUUUUAGCACAUUUUAAAAGCAUUAAUAUUCAAGUGCUUUACAUCACUUUGACUGUUAGAGUUUUUCCUUCAUUGGAUAUUAUUUUGGUAGCAGCCAGUUAAAUUUCAGAUACCUGAAGCUAAUUUAAUGAUAUCGUCUAGCAUUCGGCUCUUUGUAAGAGUUAAAAUCAUUCUCAUAUGAAACGCACAAGUGACACAUGGUUUCAUGUGGGUGUCGCGUGAACCACACAGUGAUUAGAGAACAGGAGAAAGACGCGAGCAGAGAGAUGUGUAUUCCAAUGGAAUAAUUCAUGGGAUACUGUUCAUUGUUCGGGUAACAAGAUUGCAAGAUGGCGGUGUGUUUUAUGUUUUUCACAUUGCAAUGAAAACUCGCAACACAGCGUAACCUCAUCACAUAAUUAAUUACUUAUGUAAUUGUAUCCAGAUAACAAAAAAGCAUUUGCAUUUAUAUCUUAUUUGAAUGUGGUCAGAAUCCGUCCCUGACCACCUCCAAAUGUGGUUUCAGUAAUCCGAUCACAAUACCUCUUGGGUGCAUUUACGCCUGUCAUUUAUUGUGGUCAAGUGCUAUCCGAUAGCUAUCCGAUCAUCAAAAACACGUUAAUGCAAGGUGUAAAUGGGGCUUUAGGGUUCCCAUGGUCAUGGAAAACCUUAAAAUAUCUGGGAAUUUUAAAAUUAUGAUUUCCAUGACUGGAAGAGUUAUGAAAAUAAAUCAAAGCUUAAAAGUAAUGGAAAUCUUAGAGUAGGUGCAACAAAUAAGUAAAACAAAAUGACAAUUAAAUAAAAUUUUUGGCCUUUCAAAAAUAUUCAGUGACCAAUAUAGCCACCCUUCAUUUCAACAACUGCCAUGAGCCUUCCAUCCAUGGAGUCUGUCAGUUUCUUGAUCUGUUCACGAUCAACUUUCGCUGAAGCAGCAACCACAGCCUCCCAAAUGCUGUUCAAAGAGGUGUAUUGUCUUCCCUCACUGUAAAUCUCACGUUUGAGAAAGGCCCACAAGUUCUCAGUAGGAUUUAAGUCAGGUGAGGAGGGGGCCAAGUCAUUAUUUGGACAUCUUUGAGGCCCUUGCUGGCUAGACAAGCAGUGGAGUGCUUGGAUGCAUGUGAUGGUGCAUUGUCCUGCAUAAAGAUCAUGGCCUUCUUGAAUGCUGAGGACUUCUUCCUGUACCACUGCUUGAAGAAAGUACUUUCCAGAAACUGGUAGUAGGCUUGAGAGUUGAGUUUCAGUCCAUCUUCAACUCGAAAAGGUCCAACUACCUCAUCCUUAAUGAUAGCAGCCCAUACCAGUACCCCUCCUCCACCUUGCUGGCACCUGACUCAAAGUGGAGCACUGUGUCGAUUAGUGAUCCAGCCACGGGCCCAUCCAUCUGGUCCAUCAAGAGUCACUCUCAUUUCAGAUCAAAACCUUUGAAAAAUCUGUCUUCAUGUAUUUCUUUGCCCAAUCUUGAUGCUUCAACUUGUGAAUAUAUUCAGUGGUGGUCGUGUUUCAGCCUUCUUGACCUUGGCCAUGUCUCUGAGCACUUGGCACCUUGUACUUCUGGACACUCCAGGUAGGUUGCAGUUCUGGAAUAUGGUAGCAUUGGAGGAUAAUGGGUUCCUGGUAGCUUCACGUCUAAUUCUUCUCAAGUCUUUUGCAGUUAAUUUGCGCCUUUUCUUCUCCAUGUGUUUUUUUGCGCCCCCAGUUUACUAUUCGCAACAAAACGUUUGAUUGUAGUAAUGAAGCUGCCUAAUUAUGCACACCUUGAUAUAGGGUGUGCGCCACACCCUCCCUCAUUACACAUAUACAUACCACCUGAAAAUGAUUGAAUCCAAAAAGCAUUCAAGUUUAUAUGGUUUAGAGUUGGAAAAUGUGCAUGGAAAUAAUGAUAAGAUCAGAAUAAUCACUUGCCUAAUAAUUGCCUAAUAUAUAUAUAUAUAUAUAUAUAUAUAUAUAUAUAUAUA